GCCCGGGCUGACGCCUUCCCGGGCUGGCGCCGGGAACCGGCACUCCCCGGCUGCAGCCCGGCCUCCCCAGCCUGCGCAGCGGGAGCUCGGGAGCACCCCUCCCCGUGGGCUCCGCUUCCCCGCCUAGGAAACGGGCACUGCAGUGAUCUUGGAGGGAUUGUUUGUUUGCUUGUUUGUUUGGUCAACUCAAACGGGUCACUUUAAUGUGUUUCCCAAGACGGUCAGCUGGGUGCGCCCGGAGGAGCUACAGCAAGGGCCACCCGACCUUCCCCUGCUCCCCUCCACAACCGUCCGCGCAAGCUCUGGACGCCGCGCGGCCUCUUCCCGGCGGCCUGAGCAAGUUCCGUCAACUGGGGCUGAGCGUUGCCAUCCUUGGGCCUACAUUUCAAGAUUUGGCAAGAAAUGUGAACCGAAACAUCAGCAGCCUUUCUAUCAUUUUUGUGGGCCGGGCCUCUGGAUUUUUAGGUGGCACUCUGAUUGGUGGAGUUCUCCUUGACUAUAUGAACCAUUUUUUACUUUUGGGUGUUUCAAUGUUGGCUACCACGGUUGGGUUUUAUCUCAUUCCUUUCUGCAAGAAGGCAAUCUUACUGAUUGUCAUGAUGUCUGUCUUUGGUGCCUCAGCUGGUGUAGUGGAUACAGGAAGAAAAGAGAUUUGAUAGAUCACGUAAAUAUUUGCCAUUUCAAGCUUCAUUAAAAUGAUACUGUGGACCUAUAGGCUUGUCUCAGAAUAUCUGAUUGUCUUAAGUUAGCAGAACACCAGUUGCUUCUGGCUUUUUGCCUUGCGGGUGUUGAAACUGUACAGUGUACAAUUCUGAAAAUUAUUAUUGUUUCCUGUAACAAGUAUGCCAGAAUCCAGGGCAAUCCGGCUCAGCUCAGUGUUUAAUGUCUGGUUUGGAGCUAAGUAUAUAACUUCUACAAUUGAAACCAACACCCAGCUGAAAGCACGGAAGCUUUGAGAGUUUUCCCACCAUGAGAUAACAGUCUAGUAUGGCACUGAUAUUCCCAUAUGGAUGUGGGGCUACGGUUCAGUUGGGCAGAGUAUUUGCCUGGCAUGCAUGAAAUUCCGAGCUCAGUCCCUGGCACUGCAUAAACUAUAAUCCCAGUGCCUAAGGGGUACCAGGUUAGGGUGUCAAAAUUCCAAGCUCAUCUUUCGCUGCGUAGCAAGUUCAAGGCCAUUAUAGCAUAUAUUAGGGCUAUCUCAAAAAUUACAGAUAAAUUUAUUGGUGUCUUACUGUUCUAUUGCUGUGAGGAAACAUCAUGAUCUGGGCAACUUAUAGAAGAAGAUGGUAUUUAGCAGGGAGUUUGCUUACGGUUUCAGAGAGUUAGUUCAUUACCAGGGCCACCUGUGAGCAUGGUGGCUCACAGGCAGAUAGAGCGCGAACAGUAACUGAGGGAGAGAGAACCUGAGAGGGACUGUGACUGGGCCUGAUGUGGGCUUUUGAACCCUCAAAGCCCAUCCCCAGUGAGAGACCUCCUCCACCAGGGCCACACCCCUCACCCCGUCUUCAACAGUUCACUGACUGGGGACUAAGCAUGUAAACAGAUGAGCUUAUGAGGGCCAACCUCAUUCAAACCACCGCAAUUAGUAUUACUCUCUAGUGAGGUUAUAACAAAUAAUUGCUAGUGUGCCUGGCUCGCGUGGUGGUUUACUGACUUGCAGGCUCCAUGAAGAUAAGAUGUAAGACAAUCCUCUGGUGAUGGUGGGUUACAGCCCCUUAGUUACAGAGCGGUUCUGGUGUAAACUUAGAACAUCACAAAACUCCUAUAGCCUGAUGUAGACACCAAUGGAAUGUUCCUACUAAGUGCCUGUGAAAUCAUUUCUUUAACUGGUAGGUGGGAACGUCCUCAUCCUGGAUCUUUGGGGGGACAAAGGAGCCCC